CAUGAACUCGGUCGUUAAUCGGAUGUGGAAAUAAAAAAGUUAAAAUAUUAAAGCAUUGACGUGUAAACAGAAAAUUGAUACAGUUUUUGAGUUUGUUGAGAAAUUUAAUAUAAAAGGUGAACACAUUUUAUAUUGGUAUAGCAGCCAAAAACGACUGAAAAUACAUUAUGAAAAUAAAAGUGUGAAAAAUUCGUUUUUAUCGUGCGUAAUGCCAUCAGAGGGCUUAUCUCUCCAGGGGAGCGAUAUAUAAAAGAAAAUAAAAUAAAAGAUAUUUGUGAAGACGGCAGAGGAAGGGAGCACCAGAAAGAAAAAAAAAUUUUUUUUUUCUUCUUCCUAUUCUUUUGUGUUCAAUUUACCUAAACAGAAGGAAAUCUUGUGAGGGCUCAGAAGCCUCAAACCAAAAGUGAAAUAUAAAAUAAAUUCGAGAGUCAAAGAUAUAACAACUGACGAGGGCAGAAAAAAAAGAGAAUCGGAAAUAACCAUCAGGUGUGCCAAGAUUUGACGUUACAUUAUUAUUUUUUUCGUUCGUUCGUUCGUUCCAAAACGAUGAAGAUUAUGUUAUGAUGGAGACUUUUAUAGUUUUGGGACUAUGUUUCAUUUUAUACGAAGCAUUGGAUUUGUUUCAAAGUUGCUAUAAUCAUAAUAAUCGUCAUUCACAUCAUCAUUUCGGUGAACAUCUUGAAGGGGCAACGGACGAGAAUAAAGAUACUGCUCGUUUAAUAUUGGAUACGAUUCAGGAAGUGGAAAUCGGUGACGAUAGCGACAAUUCAACGCACUUGGAUAACAGCAAAGUGUUUUCGAUUAGUGAAAAUCUAGACUCUGAGAAAUUGAUUAAAGAGUGAAGUAUGAUGCAGAAGAGAAACGAAGAGGAAAUAAUUGAAAAAGUGGAUAAAAAUUAAGUGUGGCUAUUAAGGCUUUGGGCUUACCGUAAAAAGAAGCUAUUAAAGUAGAUCUUAACACAGAUACUCGUGUAAUUAAUUCGUAAUUACUUCGCAAAUGAGACAUUAAAUACAAAUUACCAGUGAGAAUUCUAAGAAAAAAGAAAAGAAAGUUUCAUUGACAAAAAAAAAACGAAAGUAAGUAAAAUUGAACAUCGACAAAUGUUUAACAAUAAAAAAUGUGUACAUGGCCCAAGACAUCUGAAUCAAUUGUCUUAACGCCAAUAAAUUUUACCGAAAAAUUACACCGACAAUUACCAUGGACUCGUUAGAGCGUUUUAUGCGUGCGGCGCCAUUACCGCCGGGCCUACCCAUCACCCAAGGACAUCGUCGUGCAUUAGUUCAUGCGUCCUUAGCAUCGGCUGUCGGUCGUAAGGGUAAACAUUUGACUGGAACAUUUUGUUUGACCGGGGACACAAUGGAAGGCAUCAUUCAGUGCUUGGUGUUUUUGAAAGCAUUUUCGCUGGUUGGUGGCGAAUUUGAUAUGGAAUUAAAUUUUGUCAUCCAAGAUGCACAGAAUAUUAAGCACAUGUUAGAACUGUUGGACCAUUGCCCACCGAAUUUACAGGCGGAAAUAUGGAGCGUGUUUAUUGCGAUUUUGCGAAAAAGUGUUCGUAAUUUACAAGCCUGCACAGAUGUUGGAUUAAUUGAACAUGUUUUGGUACGAUUGCAACGUGCUGAAACAGUUGUUGCUGAUCUUCUCAUCGAUAUGCUUGGUGUGUUGGCUAGCUAUAGCGUAACUGUAAAGGAACUAAAGUUACUAUUUGGAGCAAUGAAGGCAAUUAAUGGCAAAUGGCCACGUCAUUCGGCUAAGCUGUUAAAUGUUUUAAGACAAAUGCCGCACCGCAAUGGCCCAGAUGUGUUCUUCAGCUUUCCUGGUCGAAAAGGAUCGGCUGUUGUGCUGCCACCGUUAGCUAAAUGGCCAUAUGAAAAUGGAUUCACAUUUACAACAUGGUUUCGAUUGGAUCCCAUCAAUUCUGUAAAUAUUGAACGAGAAAAACCGUAUCUUUAUUGCUUUAAAACAUCUAAAGGAGUUGGUUACACAGCCCAUUUCGUUGGUAAUUGUUUGGUCCUAACAUCAAUGAAAGUGAAAGGAAAGGGUUUUCAACAUUGUGUAAAAUACGAAUUCCAACCGAGAAAGUGGUAUAUGAUAGCAAUAGUUUAUAUAUACAACCGAUGGACGAAAAGCGAAAUAAAGUGCCUCGUUAAUGGACAAUUAGCCUCUAGUACAGAAAUGGCUUGGUUCGUUUCAACAAAUGAUCCAUUUGACAAAUGUUAUAUUGGCGCAACGCCAGAAUUGGAUGAGGAACGUGUAUUUUGCGGGCAAAUGGCUGCAAUAUAUUUGUUCAGUGAAGCUUUGACAACCCAACAAAUUUGUGCAAUGCAUCGUUUAGGUCCUGGUUAUAAGUCACAGUUUCGAUUCGACAACGAAUGCUAUUUGAAUUUACCGGACAAUCAUAAGCGGGUGAGUUUAACCGGUAACGCUGAUAUCGACAAUGCAUCUUUGAUGGCUAUUGCUGGUGGUGAGGCGGAUGAUGUGAACGCAGCACCGACCAGUGACAGUACAUUGGCAACUAAUUCACCAGUUGUUGUACUGCAGUCGUCGGCAGGUGCUCAAUCAAAAGCCGUCACCAAUUCUAUUGCUAGCGACGAAUAUAAUUUUGCAUCAGUUCUGUACGAUGGAAAACUAUCCAGUGCUAUCGUGUUUAUGUAUAAUCCGGUCGCAACAGAUGGCCAACUUUGUUUGCAGUCAGCCCCAAAAGGAAAUGUUUCCUACUUUGUACAUACACCACAUGCACUUAUGUUGCAGGAUGUGAAAGCUGUCGUAACACAUUCAAUCCAUUGUACGUUAAAUUCAAUCGGUGGAAUACAAGUACUCUUUCCACUAUUUUCCCAAUUGGACAUGCCAUACGAAGGAUGUAAUGACGUUAAGCGAGAUCCAGCUUUGUGUUUCAAAUUACUGGGUUUUAUUUGCGAACUAGUCGAGAGCUCACAAACCGUACAACAACAUAUGAUACAGAACCGUGGUUUUUUAGUUAUUUCAUUUAUGCUACAACGUUCGUCACGUGAUCAUUUAACACUCGAAGUUUUGGGAUCAUUUUUGAGUCUUACAAAGUACUUGGUUACAUGCCUUUCAGCCAAUAGUGAUCUUCUUCUGAAGCAGCUUUUUUGUUUUUCAUUUCUGACGUGGCAGUUACUGGAUCAUGUACUAUUCAAUCCCUCGCUGUGGAUAUAUACACCAGCUAAUGUACAAGCUCGACUGUAUUCGUAUUUAGCAACGGAGUUUCUGAGCGAUACCCAAAUCUACAGCAAUGUGAGACGAGUCAGCACGGUAUUGCAAACCGUUCAUACAUUGAAAUUUUAUUAUUGGGUAGUGAAUCCACGAGCUAAAAGUGGUAUUAUACCAAAAGGAUUAGAUGGACCCCGUCCAGCCCAGAAAGACAUUCUAGCGAUUCGGGCGUAUAUUUUAUUGUUCCUAAAACAGCUGAUUAUGAUUGGUAAUGGUGUCAAAGAGGAUGAACUGCAAAGCAUUUUAAAUUAUUUAACGACAAUGCACGAGGAUGAGAAUUUGCAUGACGUAUUGCAAAUGCUUAUAUCGUUGAUGUCGGAACAUCCCAGCUCGAUGGUACCUGCCUUUGAUAUUAAACAUGGCGUUAGAAGCAUUUUUAAGCUAAUGGCAGCUGAAAGUCAACUGAUAAGACUGCAGGCGCUGAAACUUUUAGGUUUCUUUUUGUCACGUAGUACCCAUAAUAAUGUUUUUUACAGACGUAAAUAUGAUGUGAUGUCACCGCAUAAUCUCUACACCCUACUAGCCGAACGUUUACUACUUUAUGAAGAAUCACUUACCCUUCCCACAUACAACGUACUCUACGAAAUAAUGACCGAAAAUAUUGUCCAGCAAAUUCUUUACACAAGACAUCCGGAACCGGAAAGCCACUUUCGCUUAGAGAAUCCAAUGAUUUUGAAAGUUGUCGCAACACUUAUCCGCCAAUCGAAACAAACCGAACAACUUUUAGAAGUGAAAAAGUUAUUCCUGUCGGAUAUGACUUUGCUCUGCAAUAAUAAUCGAGAGAAUCGUCGCACCGUACUUCAAAUGUCUGUUUGGCAAGAGUGGCUGAUCGCAAUGGCUUAUAUACAUCCCAAGAACAGCGAAGAGCAGAAGAUUUCGGAUAUGGUAUAUUCGCUGUUUCGAAUGCUUUUACACCACGCUAUCAAACACGAGUACGGUGGCUGGAGAGUUUGGGUCGACACACUGGCUAUUGUCCAUUCAAAAGUGUCGUAUGAAGAAUUCAAGUUACAAUUUGCCCAAAUGUAUGAACAUUACGAGAGACAUCGCACCGACAACAUAACCGAUCCGGCGCUACGACGUGCCCAUCCGAUCAGCACCAUUAGUGGCUGGGAUCAAGAUCGCGACGAUUCGUCAGCAACGGAUCAUCUCAAGAUUGAGGAGGUCAAAGGUGCUGACAACAAUCAAACCAAUAACUACCAUGCAACAAAUGGAAUAUCCAAUAAAUCCGAUCAAACGAAUAACGUGGAUAUGGAUAAUGUGAAAUGUGCUUGCGAAGGCGAUGAUCAACAGAGACAACCUCAACCCCAAUUAAGUGCCAAUAAGGAUGAAGAAGCGCCAAAAUUAGUAUCGUCAAUUUCAAGUAUUUCGGACGUGUACAAUAAGCAAAUCAACGGUGAGACGAUAUGUGAUGGAAAUCGUUUGGAAGAUGUGUCGGAAGAGACCAGUGUCGGUACACCGGAAAAAAUAGCGGGUUCGGGACAAGAAGCGUUAAAACAAGCAUUGGAAAUCGACAGUUACGAGAAGGAGGAGGAGUCCAAGGAAAUCGUCGAGGAAAUAAUCGAGAAUAUUUUGCAGAAAAGUGAGGCAUUGCUUGAAGAUUGUAAAAACACCAGCGAUUUGAUAACGCACGACAGCACCUCGUCGCCGGUGAUCAAAGACGAGGAAAUUGAGUUGGCAGUCAGUGAGGUUGUAAAGGGCGUGUUGGAAAUAGAGAAAAUAAAACGUGACAAUGAAACGACAUUACCAGAAGUGCAAACCACUGUUAGUAGUGAAGCGAAAGAUAUCAGUGAUUCGAGUGAUGCGUUAAUAAUCAAAAAAUCACUGGAUAUCGACAACAAUGUUACCGAUGACUCAAUCAAGACUGACUUAUUGUUAUCGACUGCAACUAUAGCGAAUAAUAAUCAACCAAUUAGCGAAACGAAAGACGAUACUAACGAUGACAUUCAAGGUAUAAUCACGAACAUUGUUCAUGAAGUCAUUGACAAUUGCUUAGAGCAAACCAUUUUAAACGACAAUGAGAAAUGUGAUAACAACAAUAGCGAAGCUGUUGUUACGCAGACGGCCGUCGAAAAUGUUGAUAAAGUUUUAGACGAUGCGGUUGAUACUGCUGAGUCAUCGCUAAAUACAAAUGAAGAAAUUGCUAAGAGUAUCCUGUACGAGAUUGUUGAUAAAUGUGUCAAAGGUGAGGCUGAUGAGAAUGAGGAGGAAGAGAACAAUAACGAUGAAAGUCUAACAGCUACAAAGACUGUAAACGUAAACAAUGAGAAGACGGAAAUUAUCUCCGAAGUUUCUGAAGAAAUCAUUGCUCAGACAACCGAACGUAUGGAAGUGGAAACUGGAAUUAAUGUGGAAAGUAAUGCAAGUAGCAACAAACCAGCGCCCGUUCACAAUGAAAGACGACCCCAAAGUGCGUCAACAAGCACUCAAGUGGAAAAUAACCAUUUCGAUGCCAAACAAUCACGUCCAAAGUCUGGAUCGACAAGACCAAUGUUCAGUCCUGGACCAACAAGACCACCAUUUCGAAUACCUGAAUUCAAAUGGUCGUAUAUCCAUCAACGAUUGCUAUCGGAUGUUUUGUUUUCUUUAGAAACCGACAUUCAAGUGUGGCGAAGCCAUUCCACCAAAAGUGUUUUGGAUUUCGUUAAUUCAGCCGAGAAUGCAAUAUUCGUUGUAAAUACCGUGCAUUUGAUAUCGCAAUUGGCCGACAACUUAAUUAUCGCCUGUGGUGGUUUGUUGCCUUUAUUAGCUAGUGCUACGUCACCAAAUUCCGAACUUGAUGUCCUUGAACCCACCCAAGGCAUGCCACUAGAAGUAGCUGUUUCGUUCCUCCAACGAUUGGUGAAUAUGGCUGAUGUGCUGAUAUUCGCUAGUUCACUGAACUUUGGCGAAUUGGAAGCGGAAAAGAAUAUGUCGAGCGGAGGCAUUUUAAGACAAUGUCUACGAUUGGUGUGCACUUGUGCGGUACGAAACUGUUUGGAAUGUAAAGAACGCACACGAUACACCAAUGGUGGAACACCGCGUGAUGCUCCCGGUGCGGCUCAUCUGCAAGCACUGAUACGUGGAGCACAAGCAUCACCAAAGUUUUUAUCAAAAAACAUCGUCGAAUCACUAACGGGUCAACUAAGUCCAGUCAAAGAUCCCGAAAAGUUGCUUCAGGAUAUGGACGUAAAUCGUCUGCGAGCGGUAAUUUAUCGCGACGUGAAACGAAUGUUUCAGGAGGAAACGAAGCAAGCUCAAUUCCUGUCACUGGCUAUCGUUUACUUCAUUUCCGUAUUGAUGGUGUCCAAAUAUCGUGACAUAUUGGAGCCACCCGUUGAACCAGUCGUUCGGGCAUCACCAUUACCUCAGCGUCAAAUACAACAACAGGAAUCGUCUUCUCGACCACUAUUUCCGCAAUGGUCACACCAUGUUUAUCCACAAUUUUUGCCCGGUUCACAUCCAAACCAUCAAUCGCAACAAAAUUCAAAUAAUGUCAUCCAUCAUCAUCAACAAAAUAACACUCAAUUGUCACACAAUCAUCAUCACACUAACACUAGUAAUAUAAAUCAUCAUAAUUUAACUAAUAAUGCAUCGACAACCACAUCCACCACGGUCGCAAACAAUUACAAUAACGAAAUUAACACAAAUUAUUAUCAUCGCGACAAUUUGAUAAAUAAUUCGUCGUCUACGUAUGCUCAUAUUAGAAACCGGGGUAGCAAUGGAGUUGGUGGCGGUAUGAUCAAGAAUGGUAUCAAUAAUAAUUUUCGAUUUAGGAGUACACCGGGUAUUGGACAGUUUAUGUAUGGUUCACGAGCCAUGCAUGAUGGCGACUAUGAAGUUAUUGUCGUCGAUGAAAAUAAUUCAUCCGUUCUGGCUGAUCAGGAUUCACAUUCCAGCGGACCGCCUUCAAUCAAGACAACGAGUAUAACAAAAAGCGUUUCGUCACUAAGUGGUAACAUACAAACUCAGCCAUUAUCACCACCGAAACCAAUACUACCCAAAAAGUUGAAGAAGAGUGUUGAUUCGGAUGCGGGCUCAUUGAAUAUUAAUUCAACUGAAAAUGAGGUGCCCGAUGUGGAAACAUCAAGCGAAAUUUUAGCGGAUGAUAAUAAGCCAACCAAUUCGAAUGAUGAAAGUUGGACUGACGUUAAUUUGAAUGAAGACGGCAACGACAAGAUACGCGACAUCGAAGGAAACAUUCAUCAUAUCGCAUCUGAGCGAGGUGACAAACCAGACUCCGAAAUAUCCGUUGUGCGUGUACCAGACAAUUAUCAGCAAACAGGUAAUCGAUCUCGGCCUGACGAUAUACCAAUGAAAGCUCCUCUAGUCGGUCAAUUACCGUUAACAACUCCAUCACGUGAAGCUAGCCUUACCCAGAAACUGGAAAUUGCUUUAGGACCAGUUUGCCCAUUGCUACGUGAGAUAAUGGUAGACUUUGCACCAUUCCUCUCGAAAACGUUGGUCGGUUCUCACGGCCAGGAAUUACUGAUGGAAGGAAAGGGUCUAACAACAUUUAAAAAUAGUCACUCCGUUGUUGAGCUCGUUAUGUUGCUCUGCUCGCAAGAAUGGCAAAAUAGUCUUCAAAAACAUGCAGGCCUAGCGUUCAUCGAAUUGAUUAACGAAGGAAGAUUGUUGUCGCACGCAAUGAAAGAUCAUAUUGUCCGUGUAGCUAACGAGGCUGAAUUCAUUUUGAAUCGAAUGCGGGCUGAUGAUGUACUUAAGCAUGCCGAUUUUGAAUCGCAAUGUGCCCAGACACUAAUGGAACGGAGAGAAGAGGAACGAAUGUGUGAUCAUUUAAUUACUGCCGCACGAAGACGAGACAAUGUGAUUGCCAGCCGCUUAUUGGAAAAGGUCAGGAAUAUUAUGUGUAACAAACAUGGUGCAUGGGGCGAGAUCAGUGGGGCAAUGACUAAACCAACAUUUUGGAAAUUGGAUGCCUGGGAAGACGAUGCUCGACGACGAAAGCGCAUGGUACAAAAUCCAAGAGGUUCAACACAUCCACAAGCUGCUCUUAAAGCGGCAUUGGAAAACGGAGCACCGGAUGAUGCCAUUCUGCAAGCUCGUGAAGAGUUUCAUUCGCAAAUUGCUGUCAGCAGAUCUCAUCAACAAUCGCAACAAUCUACAGAUUUGUUAGAUGAUGCCGAAUUAUUGAUUGAAGACAGAGAACUCGAUCUUGACUUGACCGGACCGGUUAAUAUAAGUACCAAAGCGAAGCUCAUAGCUCCAGGACUAGUUGCGCCUGGAACUGUUUCAAUAACCACAACCGAAAUGUACUUUGAAGUAGACGAAGAUAGUGCCGACUUCCAAAAAAUUGAUGCUGAAGUACUGAAGUAUUGCGAUCACUUGCACGGAAAAUGGUAUUUCUCUGAAGUUCGAGCAAUUUUCUCGCGACGCUAUCUUCUUCAGAAUGUGGCCAUCGAAAUCUUUUUAGCGUCCAGAACAUCAAUUCUGUUCGCCUUUCCCGAUCAGCACACAGUGAAAAAAGUUAUAAAAGCUCUACCACGCGUCGGAGUUGGCAUUAAAUACGGCAUUCCCCAAACACGUCGAGCGUCAAUGAUGUCACCAAGACAAUUGAUGAGAAACUCGAACAUGACGCAAAAAUGGCAGCGCCGAGAAAUAUCAAACUUUGAAUAUUUAAUGUUUCUGAAUACGAUUGCGGGUCGAACCUACAAUGACCUGAAUCAAUAUCCUGUAUUCCCGUGGGUGUUAACAAAUUAUGAUUCACGCGAAUUGGAUCUGAGCCAACCAACCAACUAUCGAGAUCUUUCCAAGCCGAUCGGAGCUUUGAAUCAGAGCCGACGAGAGUAUUUUGAAGAACGAUAUGAAAGCUGGGAAAAUGACACCAUUCCACCGUUCCACUAUGGAACACAUUAUUCUACAUCGACAUUUGUCUUAAAUUGGCUAAUUCGUAUCGAACCGUUCACGACUAUGUUUUUGGCUUUGCAAGGUGGCAAAUUUGAUCAUCCUGAUCGACUAUUUUCAUCGGUCGCACUAUCGUGGAAAAAUUGCCAACGUGAUACCUCUGAUGUUAAAGAAUUAGUCCCUGAAUGGUACUUCCUACCCGAAAUGUUCUACAAUUCGUCGUCGUAUAGAUUGGGAACUAGGGACGAUGGAGCAGUCGUUUCUGACGUUGAGCUACCGGCAUGGGCUAAAACGCCAGAGGAAUUCGUUCGCAUUAACCGCAUGGCCUUAGAAUCAGAAUUUGUCUCAUGUCAACUACAUCAGUGGAUAGAUUUAAUAUUCGGUUACAAGCAGCGUGGACCGGAAGCCGUUCGAGCCACAAACGUAUUCUAUUAUUUGACCUAUGAAGGCAGCUGUGAACUAGAGUCUAUAACAGAUCCAGUUAUGAAAGAGGCUGUUGAAAAUCAAAUCCGAAACUUCGGUCAAACACCCAGUCAAUUAUUAAUGGAGCCGCAUCCACCCCGGAGUUCGGCAAUGCAUCUGUCACCAAUGAUGUUCAAUGCAAUGCCGGAUGAUGUGUGCAUGUCGAUGAAAUUCCACCUCAAUUCGCCAAUCAUUCAUAUCUCGGCAAAUACGUAUCCCGCAUUGGCACUGCCAAGUGUGGUCACUGUUACUGCUGGUCAUCAGUUUGCUGUCAAUAGAUGGAACUGCAAUUAUGCCGCAAAUGUUCAGAGCCCAAGUUAUGCUGAUUCACCUCAAAGUCCAGGGGCAAAUCUACCACUGACGAUGGACCCAAUAUUGUUGCAAACCAACAACAACAACAAUCCAGCUAUUCGUCGCCACCUCGGCGAUAAUUUCAGUCAAAAGCUAAAGAUUCGUUCCAAUUGCUUCGUAACAACAGUGGACAGCAGGUUUUUGUUAGCUUGUGGCUUUUGGGACAAUAGCUUCCGCGUUUUCUCAACCGAGACGGCCAAAAUUGUGCAAAUUAUUUACGGUCAUUUCGGUGUAGUUACAUGCCUAUCACGCUCUGAAUGUAACAUCACUUCGGAUUGUUACAUCGCUUCGGGUUCUUCGGACUGUACGGUGCUGUUGUGGCAUUGGAAUGCACGAACCCAAAGUAUUGUUGGUGAGGGUGAAGUUCCCACACCAAGAGCCACAUUAACCGGACAUGAACAGGCUGUGACUUCUGUCGUAAUUAGUGCCGAACUGGGACUGGUUGUGUCCGGAUCGAUAAACGGACCAGUACUAAUUCAUACAACAUUCGGCGAUUUACUUCGAUCGCUUGAUGCACCAAGUGAUUUCUAUUCGCCCGAAAUCAUCACAAUGUCUCGGGAAGGAUUCAUUGUCGUCAACUAUGAUAAAGGAAAUGUGGCCGCAUAUACCAUCAACGGUAAACGUUUGAGACACGAAUCGCAUAACGACAAUUUGCAGUGUAUGCUGCUGUCUCGUGAUGGUGAAUAUUUGAUGACAGCCGGCGAUCGAGGAAUUGUCGAGGUUUGGCGAACAUUCAAUCUGGCUCCUUUGUAUGCAUUCCCAGCGUGUAACAGUGGAAUCCGAUCUUUGGCUCUAACGCACGAUCAGAAAUAUCUCCUGGCUGGCCUAGCCACCGGUUCCAUAAUCGUUUUUCACAUUGACUUCAAUCGAUGGCAUCACGAAUACCAACAACGGUAUUGAACAUAAAACUCCUACGAGGUUAAAAUAGUGUGUGGUAGAUUGUUUCAUUCCAACGUGCAAUUGUUAGGGAAUUUUUACGUUUCAUAUUAUGAUGUGUAGCAAACAUUUCGGGUUCAGUCAACAAAAAAAUUGUUUUUCGUUUUUGUUGUUGGAGAAAAACAAUUUUUAUUGCGAUCGGUGUUAGGGACUUUUGAGUGCACGUCCGAGCAAGUGGUUUUGAAUUUCAUUUGGAAUUCGAGACGCCUAAUUUUCGUGCAGUUACGGAACAGCACUAAUAAUAUGGAAGAGAGAGAGUGGGAAAAUAUUUUGUAAAGUUCAGAGCCGAACAAAAAUUUUGUUGCCGAUAUUCAGGGAUUUGUGUUCCACAAGAUUUCUAUUUGUAUUUUUAGGAUAAAAUCGAAAUUCCAAACUUUUGUGAAAAUGUCACGAGCACAAAGUCUAUUUAACCCUUCGUUGAAUAAUUCUCUUUGCAUAAUUCGUCUGUUUGUGUCGAUGUAAGCUAAAAAAAAUAAAUGCUUCAGCCAUCGAACGCUCCAAAGAAUUUCAAUUUGACGAUAAAUUUAUGCAACUUUCAAUGUGACACUGCGACUGAUAAAUAUUUUCCAAUAUUUUAUUACGGAAAAAUAUGCAUAAAAUGUGCCAGUAGCGAUGGUUAAAUCGAUAAAACCAUCACCAACCAGACAGCCUGUCAACCUAUUGUCAUAUUUAUAUCCGUAAUAUUGUGUUGCUUUUUACCAAAAAACAAAAGAAGAAAAUCAAAUCAUAUCACGUGACCGAAUCGACGUUUAAGUGGUUUAUGUUUUACUGGUGUUGUCGAGACAUUCAUUUUCAAUUUUCUUCGUCCCCCCUCAAUUGUUAUCUCGAUGCCAAAACAAUCCACAUUCGCAAUGAAGAGCAAUAGAACGUUUAAUUACAACUUUUUCGGGUAGUGUCAACAGAACAGGUCAUUUUAUGUCAUCUAACUAAUCAGAGCCAGUAUCUCAUUCAAUUUCUUAGUGUUAUAAUUGAACUACUCCCAAAGAUCCAUACAGAAACCCCUCCUCCUCACAUCAACAACUACUGGCAAAUGUCUUCGUAUUAACAAGCAACGCAUGCCCUGCAGUCCUGCUAUGCUAAUUCGAAACACAAUUGACUCACCUUUGCAAACUAUUUCAAUUAAAAGAAUAUCUUUGGAGUGCAGAUCCAUUUGAAUUUUGUAUGAAAUUUUUGUUUGCAUUCCGAACCGACCUACAAUGGUUGAGAGAGAGAAAAUAAUUUUAAAAAAGAAUAAAGUGAAGAAAAAAAACAUUGAAAAACUAAUUAAAUUAAGGAUAAUAUGCGGCCAAAAUAUGUAGUAGUGUAAAACAAAAAUACAAAAAAACGGUAGUGAAAACACGAACAUCACACAAGAGCAAGACAAUGAAUAUGUUGGUGUUAUAAAUGUAUUUUGUUAGAAAGAAAAUGUGCAUGAAUUCUAAACGCAAAAAAAAAUGUUUCUUUUACGUGGCGGAUGUCUUCUGUUAGUUCUUUAAUAUAGAAGGUUACACAUAAUGAAGGAACACAUUAAAACAGUUCAUGCAAAAUUAAAGAAGAUAAACAAAAAAAAACUUCGACCAUCAACCAAUUCACGCAUUUAUUAUGUCCCUCCAUUAUGUGUAACUGCCUAUCUCUUAACGAACUCGUAUUUGUUAUCUUCGAAUGCCCAUUUUUAAUGAACGGCAAGAAAAAUCCAAAAUUUGUUUAUUUACGUAUUGUUUAUGCUGUGCUACUGUAAUCUGCAAAAUGGUGGAAGCUGAACGCGUUUUGUUCGUUCGGUGAGAGUUCAAUGACGUUGUAAAUAAAUAUUUACUAGCAAUGUCUGUCGUAUGAUCUCAUGAGCCAAGACUGGGAAUAAAGGAAAUGACUGAAACAAUUUGGCCUCUUGCGAAGUAGUUCGAUCUACGGAAAUGUUUAUGAAAAUUUGUUCUAGAAAUCAUCCUUAAAUACCCAGUCUCUCGGAGGGAAGAGUGACGCUCUAUGGCUCCGUAAGUAACAAUUUUUUUAUCUGUAUGUUGCAGGGACUAUUUUUGGAAAGCAUUUUCCCAUAUUUUCCAAAAUUUUCCCAAAUUUUUUUUUUGGAAAAACUAAGGCCUAUAGAUGGCUGUUUACAUAUUUUGCGAUAGUAAACACCUUCACCUGGCCUUAAGGAAAAUGGAAGAAAAUAUGGGAAAAUAUUUUUCCAAAAAUACACUUUGGUAUGAUGACUGAAAGGCCGAAAAUAAGGGGGAAACGGGAUUUCAGAUACGUUCCUUUUGUGAAACCAUGAAAUGAUGAUAUGCCAAUAUAUGGAAUUUUUCCAAGAAAUAGUCUUGGCCCUCUUGACAGAAUCGAAAAUUUAUUGAUAUUGCCUUCACAAGUGCUGUGCAAUGUAGUGGUUUCAAGAACUCUCACCUUAAAGCGACGGUCAUUUUAACUCCCCUACAGAUUACAAUAAUGCAAUGAUGUUAAUUGGCAACGAGAAUUUUAUUUUAUGGGCAACAGAAUAUGUCAAAUAAACCAAUUUAAUUAUGAAGAACGUAAUAAUGAUAAAAAACAAUUAUUUCAUACAGCAACAAAAAUAAAGGUCGCCUCUGGCAAUCGCCGUCGGUAUGAUGAACCAUUCCAACAAUAAAAAUAUUUAAUUUUAUUAAUAGAAAUAACCAAAAAAAUUAAUUAAUCGGAAUAAAUUAAAGAGAGGAAUAUAGCGACGCAAAAUUUACGCUUCAAUUUAAAUUUAAGAUAAAAUGAAUGUAUCCAGCUGUCAGUAGCAGUGACAGAGACAUAAUGUUCUUUUUUUGCAACAUAGACUGCAUUUUCAACCUCCGAAUUGUUAUUAUCUUUUUCAUUAACGAAAAGUUUAAUAUUCCGAUCGCUUCAGUCAAUGCGUGACAUGACAAACGAAUAAAAAAAAAGUUACAGGGAUAAUCAGAGCCAAUAAUUUCAAUGUCAAUUCAUGCUAUGCAUUCCAUUAUUGUACGCUAUCGACGUUACUUUAUACAUACACAUACGUACGUGUCGUAAUAUUGUUCUCAUGUGGAAUGGAGAUAGAAUUGGAUUGCAAUUGUCGGUUGUUAUAGUUCUUUAUCCGUAGAUUUGACAACAAAGAAAUAUCGUCACACGAACCAUUGAUUCGAGAUAAUUUUUUCGUUUGAAUUUUUCAAUCAAAAUUAGAUGAACAUGAACAUGAAUCCUGGAAGCACUUUUUCCAUAAAACAUUUUAACGGCGUCUAGUAGUAUCGGCAUUUAAAAAAGAAAGAAAAAAUAAUUGUUAGCGGUCAAUGCACAAUUGUUUUCGGGCAUUCAUACUAGGCAUUAAGUAGUUUGAUUAAUGAAAAAUCCAUGAAAAUAUAAGUGAAAUAGUUGACGUAAACAUUUACCAAAAGAAGAAGCAGAAAAUAAAAAAAUAAAAUAAAUAAAUUUAAUAAAUGAAACCAAACGAUUGCCAAUUUUCAGUACUUAUGAUGUAAAUAAUAAAUAAAUAAACAAAAAAAAGAAAAACAGAAAAUAUAUUUAAAACGAAAUAUGUGACGAGGAGAAAAGAUUGAAGAAGAAAAAAUGAGAUAAAUGAGAUAAUCAAUUAUUGACUUUUACUUUUCUUUCUUUUUGUUUAUUCUUUUUUUCGCAUCAAACAUACAAUACCUGCAAGCAAGCUAUCAACAAACAAACAAACACAACAACAACAAAAAAGAAACAAGCAAAAAAAUUAAAAAGUUUAUCAAAACAAAAAUAUUAUUUUCGUAGAUGGAAAUUUCAAACAAGAGGGCUUAAUAACGCAUUACACUUAAACAGAAAACAAAACAAGACCGGAAAUACAAUUAUCCGAUUAAAACAAAACUUAUUCACAUUUUUCAAAUUGUAGAUAACGAGAUAAAAUUAUGAAGAAAAAAAAAUAAAAAAAUUAUUAAAAAAAUAAAUCAAUAUUGUAGAUUCGUUGCACGGCGCAUGCAUAUUUUUAUGUAAAUUUUAUUAAAAUAAAAAAAUAAAUAAAAAAGACGAAAAUCGAGACUGCUUUUGCAAAUAAAACAAAAUAUAAAUUGAUGAAAUGUUGAGCUUUUUGGACUAUUUUGUGAUUCCCAUAUCUCUAUAUGCAAUUUGCUCAUGUUUUUUGA